UCUAAAUACAACUCUGAAACUUCCAUUUCAUAUCAUUUCUCGUGUACACAGCGACGAAGCAAACACAACGGCGUUAAAUGAUGGGAAGGAACAUAAAGCGUAAAAAUUUAGAGGAUUAAAUUUAAUUAAUUUAAAUGAAGUGUGAAUUGUGUAUAACAUGAAAGUAAUGAGAAAAUGCACAUAUAGUUGCAAUGAUCGCAGUAGGUAAAGUGGCUUUGCGGAGUCAUGUGUUCGUGGUUAGACCUAGUGCAAACGAAAAGGCUGAAGUGAAAUAAUUCACACAGGAGUGGCAACAUGGAAUGCUUGAAAAACGAGAAUCAAAUUUUGUGCUAUAGUUUUUCCAUUUGGUGAAAUGGUCGUGCGAUUCUUUUCUUUUCAUCAAAAUCAUAUCACAAAAAAAUUUUUGAUUACUGUUGCACUCUUCACUUCUUUUAAUUAGUCAUAUAAUCUUCAUAAUAUAUAUAUACAUAUAAGAGUGGUAGAGGCGUUAAGCCUACCCUGUAAAAUAAAAGUUGUGCAAAGAAAAAGGCAACAACCAAGUAUAAUAAAGUGAAAGCGAAUGAAAAAGGGAAAUCUGGGAUUAUUGUAAAAACAACUAUGUCAAAAAACGUGUGGUACGUGGAACGUGUGGCUGCUUAGAAGUGAAAGAAAGGGAAAUAAGAAAAGUGGGAAGUGUAUUGUGGCGGGCAGGGCGACAUAACAGCUGCCACAAACCAUAAUAUAACCCCAGAAAAUUAAAGUUACAGUGCCCACAUUUUCGUGUAAUUAAGUAAAAAAGAUCGAAUUGGGGUCGAAUUGCAGAAGUUCUGCGAAAAUCAUUGCAAAUUAUUUACUGGUAUAAAUAAUAAAAAUGUCCAGCUGGGCGCGACGUGCAGCAGAUAUUAGCAGUGUUGUCACUUCUUGUGGGCAUCCCGGCGCUUCGACGCCAGACUAUACCUAUAGAUUGGAGAAAGUUAAGUUUGGUGUACCACUUGAAGAAGUCUGUAAAAACAAUGAAAACAUUCCAGGACCUCUUUUGGUUCUAAUACUUAAAUUAAAUAAAGAAUCACCAAAUAGAAGAGACGUUUUUCGUGCCCCUGGUCACCAGGGUGCUAUGAAAAAGCUAAUACAUUUUCUGCAGUCGGGUCGUUUAGUGAAUGUCGACAAUUAUUCAGUUUAUACGAUUGCAAGUGUGCUAAAGAAAUUUUUGCGAAAAAUUCCCAACGGUAUAUUUGGGCGAACGGGCGAAAAAGAAUUAUUUGACAUUAUUGAAUUGGAGAACGAAUCUGAGCAGAUGGAACGUUUGCAUAGACUAUUUACAUCACUGCCGAAAUACACUCAACGUUUACUAGUUUUACUCUUUGGUACAUUCCGUGUUAUUGCCAGCAAUGCAACACAGGCCAGUACAGGCAUGACCAGCGAAGCCCUGGGAGUUUCAGUGGCCCCAAGUUUCUUUCAAUCCUGCGUUAGUGAUGGGAAAACAGCACGUAUGGAGGAUGUCCUUAAAUUUAAGGUGGCCACAAAAAUUAUGAAGCAAAUAAUCGAUAAAUUUGCUACACAUGAUUUAUUUGGACGCGAAAAUUACGAAUACUAUGCGCGCGUUACUGGGCGCAUACUCAAAGUACAGGAUGAAUGGAUUUGUAGUUUUCAAUAUCCACCUCCACCACGUGGUAAAUUGGCACAGCAGAAGUAUGCACUGCAACACUCCUUGGAGGCAGAAAAGACAUGGUUACAGUGCCAGUGUGAGCGUUGGGGUUUGCUUGCUCAGGAAGAAUCCCGCUCAACGCCUGCCUUGCUAACAAGCUCAAGCUCAGCUUUAGACAACAGUGUGCUUUCAUUGGGCGUAACACCAGAACAUUCGUUUAUUGAAUCAUGUGCACGCCUGUCUGUCUCUUUAGAAGGACCAAGUUUAUUUGCGAUGACAUCAUCGCCCAUACCGAAGCGAAACAUACAAGAUUUGCAACGCGACACCGACAAUGAUGCUGACGUCGAUGAAGAGAAUUUCGGCGACGAAGAUGCAGAUGCCAACGAUGACGGCGAAGUAGAAGACUUUGCCGCUGAACUCGAAAUAAAUAACGACGAAGGUUUCGAAAACAAUCCGAAACCCAACUUUCCACCACGUAUGGCGGUGCAAAGUGGCAUAUAUAGAGUAGCAAAAACCACAGGCAAUAACCGCUAUGCAGCGCAUUACAACGCUGCUCUGAAUACUACUUACACUGUCAGUAUUGACAACGACGAUGUUGUGGAUUCUAAUGAUGAUGAUGGCAAUGACGAAGUGAAUAUUGUAAGACGUCGCUAUCGUCAAAAUAAAAAGAAAAUACUAACUCAAACUAGAAUGCAACAUCAGCGACGUUUGCGCGCCGGCUCAAAAAGUCUUGAUGGUGGCGAUCGCGUCUUGCAAACGCCCAUGAAUAAUGAGACAAACGAAAAUAGAAACAAAAUGAAGAACAACAAAAUGCAGAGCACCACGACAACACAGAUGACUAGCGGUGGCAUUAAAGCAACUACACGCACUUGCAGUCGUUGUAAUCGCGGUAUACGUCAUUCGUCUUCUUGUUCCUCGGCUUCUGGAGGAGGAGCUGGUAGCGUAGGGAAUGGCAGCGGUAUGACUAUGGAAGAAUUACGCGCUGUUAAUCGCUAUGCCGAGAGUACAAAGAGUCUUUCUUAUUUGCCACAGGUCCAUGAGCGCCAAACAGCACGCAUGCGCACACGGUCAGAAUGGUUUUUGGGUCCUAGAGAUAGUGAACUGGCAUUGAAUUUGCCUACCCCAUGCAGCAAUUGUUGUCUGGCUGCAGUUCAAAAGCAGCAGCUACAGUUACAGCAGCAGCAACACUCACACUUUCAAGCACAUGGCUAUCUCGGAGGCGGCAGCACACGCGACAUGCGCGCACAUUGUGGCAGAUUUGCCGACGACGAGGAUGACAGUGUGCGCAAUUUAAUAGUUAGCAAUAGUGGUGGCCAUAAUGCCAAUGCGCUCUAUUUGUAUUAUAAGAAACGGCUACAACAGCAACAAAAAACGAACGCCAGUCCCCAACCGGUAAUGCAAACGGAGCAUAUGGAGACGGAUGAUAGCUGCAAUGCUUAUGAAUGUGGUCCACCAAUAUAUCAAUGUAAGCAGAAUUUACAAGUUGAAACGCCCAACGUAUACUCACAAUCACCUAAACUUCGUUUAAUGGAACCAACAUCAUCGACGCAUGCGGCUGCGUCUAACAGCUCCGGCCGUACCAUGUAUUUGGACCCGAAAACGACAGCAAAAAAUAUCGCAACAAAACCAGUGUCAACACAUUAUGAACCACAUCAACGCAAUCAUCAACACUUUAGUUUUCAAACCAGAAACAUUGAUUCGCAUUCAUACUUGCAUAGACAUUCACAAUCAUCGAAUCAUCAACGCCAACAUCAGGCACCUAAGCGUGGUUCAAAGCUGCCCAGUCACUACCAUUCAACCGAUUCCGUGCGUUACUGUGAUGUAGACUUAGAUGUGGAAAUAGUAACCGAACCGACCAUACCCACAUCUCGUCUGUUUUAUAGUCCGCGUAAGCAAAUAUUCUCUACCAGACGCUGUAAUUCCACACACGAUCUUUAUAAAAUUGAUGUUGCUGAUGCUGAGGUCAACAGCGAUCUCGAUCAUAAUUAUCUAACAUAUUCGCUACCGAGCGACCACAAUCAAGCCGAUUUUGGUACAGUCACAGUGCCAUCUACACUCACUAAUCGUGCCGAGUCUUGCGAAAUAUAUUCGGAUUCAUCAGAAUUCUUGAAUGCUAGUUUGUUGGAUAACUCCUUAGCGACUGUUUCAUCAACAAGCGCGAUAAAUGAUGCCAGCGGCUUACCACUUGCCGCUGCUGAAGAAGUUGAUUUUAUACCUACGUCUCGCUACAGACAGAGUACGCCACGCGUUCAACGUCGUCAGCAACGGUUGAGACGACGGCAACGUUUGUCUUCCACAUCAACGCAAUAUCACUCGAUGAACUCGACAAAUGCUAGUAGUUUGUUGAUGACGACGGCGGACGGCGGAAACGGCAGUGAAAGUGUUGGCAACAUCCGUUUGAGUAACAGCGCCGAGUCAAUUCAAUAUCCCCUCACAACUGCGCGACGUCCAUCCACCCGACGAUUAAUUGGCGUAAACGUCCCACGGCAAUAUCCAUUGCGUUCUUCAUUGCGACGCAACAGGGAAAAGCAGGUCGGUAGUGGUAAUACAACCAACGGCAGUGGCAAUAGUGUCACCGAUAAUAAUGGUCUACUCACAGAAAUUGUCGGGACAGUUGGAGCAGUUAGAGGUAUGUUGCCGGUUGCCACAGCACCGCCAUCAGUGCGCAACUCAAUUGCGGAGUGUUGCAGCAAUAUCGAAACCGUGCACGAUGGUCAACAUAUUCUUGUACCAGCAUUUCCAUUUAAUCGGCUAGAAGACUACGGAAGUUCACUGGAACGCAAGCGAACGCAGUUGCGCUCGAGUAUGGAUGAUGAUAGUGAACGAACUACUCUGAUAAAUGUGCGCAGCAGCAGAAGUGGUACUAUGUGUGAAUUUGGCGCUAUGCUAAUGGAUUCCACUAAGACUAUAAAAGGCUCCGAUAAUGUGGAACCAACAUACGUUGAUGUAAGCGGCAACAACAACUUAGUAUAUGCGACAACCAGAAUCAUUAAUAAUAUUCCAACGCUGAUAACAACGCGAAACAUGGAAAAUGUCGUAAGUGCGUCAACGACGGGGCAACAAGAAAGUAUGUCCACACAAAAUCAAAGCAGUGAAGGUGUUCAAACGGGAGGGGGCGUUUCGACAAUUACUUUCAAAGUGCCGCGUGUAUGAAAAUUGUAAAAAAGCAUGGAUUCCCAACUACAUAAGGAGAAAGGAAUACUCCCAAAGUGGUGGUAUACAUAGUUAAUAAGUAAAGAAAAUCAGAUAAAAGCAAAAUAUCCUUCGAUAUUUUGGCAGCAGGGUACAGAAACACACAUAUUUUUCUGUAUUUAUAUAUCUAAAAAUUUAUAAAACAUAACAAAUCAUAGCAAUUUCAACUGAAAUCUCGGCUCUUAGAAACUACUUAAAAACGUCUGUCAUUAAUUUGAAACUUUUAGAGGACUAUUGAAAUGAAUUGACUUAUGAAGAGUAUAGAAAUGCUUAAUUUGCAUGUUAUUUGUGCACUGGAAUAGAUUCAAUAAUUUUUUAAUAAUUAUAAAAAAAAUUUAUUAGCAUAAACUGAUUAGAGAAUUAAAAAUUUUCAUAAGUAUAACAAUGUUUUAAAUUACAGUUCGUUUACAUGUACAUAAAUAGUACAAAUGUAAUUGAUAGCGUAUUCGUUUUUUGUUGUUUAGAAAGUCGUUAGGAUAAAUUCGCUAAAUAAAUAAAAUAUCAAUACGUUAUAUGCUUUUAUAUGUUAGCUCGCAUAAUUGUAAAAAUAACACUUGAUGUGCAUAAAACUGCAUCUAUAUGUGUAAAUAUAUUAAAAUCAUAUUCCAUAUAUAUUUCGAAUUUGUGGUUGGUGUCUUCUACUAUUCAUUUUAUAUACAUAUAUACAAAUAUAUUUGUUUACUUAUAUUAUUAUAUUUACAAAUAUAUAUAUGUUAUAACGGGUUUAUAAUUCGUUGAUUUAAUUCAGUAUUAUUCGAAUACAUUAGUUUAAAAUUCUAAGCCAUUUACUGCCGAAAUAUAUGAAAGGUCAUAGCAGGUUUUUGCUAAAUAUUAAAAAUGUAAAAACUAUUAAAUUUAAUGAAAUAUCUAUUUUUUUUUAUAAAAUGGAACAUAUGGUGUAAAUAAUGAAGCAUAAUUAAUUUUUGAAAAUAAAUUAAACAAAUUGUGUGUGGUGAAUAAGUUUCCUAUACAAGUGGCCAGUGGUCAAUAUUUUUUGUAAGUCCAACUCAAACACUUAUCAUUUGUACAAUUGCACAAUUACUUUUAGAAAAAAACAAAUAAUUUUCGAACAUUCUUUCACCACGUUUGUCACAAAAUAUCUACCAGUAUUGAAUACGUUUUUAUAGAGUUUGAACCGCCGAACAAUACAGCAGAGACGCAUAAAAUGUCCAUUGAAAUCUCACAAUCCGGUCCAAGUUCCUUUAUUUAGUAUUGAAAGCAAUUUCAUAAUUGAUCAUGUUCUCGUAUACAAACAAAUUAGUUUAUGAUUUUCUAUAAAAGCAAAGAAAACUUUCCAGAGAUUUUUGGAAACCUAGUUGACAUUAAAGGCUCUAAGCCGAUAUCCAUACUUCACGAUUUAAUAAUUAUUCAUUCCCCGCACUAAUUUUUAAAAAUCCACGAAAUCACACUAUUGCUUAAAGAAAUUAGUUUAAUUGAAAA